CUGUAUUUGUGUAUGUUCCGGAAAUUUAUCUACAGUGUGUACAUUUGGCUUCGCUAUCUAGGUAUAAAUCAUGAACCUGGCAGGCCAUCAAGAGCGUGAUCCGUUUAACUUCAGGAAAAGUAAAACCCUGAUUAUUCGUCAUCUGCCUUCGGAACUGAAUAGGAAUGAGAAAGAGGACCUCCUGAAAUAUUUCGGUGCUGUUUCUGUCCGAGUGUUUUCAGACAAAGGAAGGAUGAAACAUACAGCAUUUGCAAACUUUGAAUCUGAAUUUUCAGCCUUCAAGGCGCUUGGUAGACUGCAUCAAAUGAAAAUUCUGAGUCAUACUUUAGUUGUAGAAUUUGCAAAAGAUCAAGACAGUAUUCAUCUUUCAAAUCAACCAGCGAUUUCAGACACAAGUAAGGAUAAAAUUUCAGAUUCUAAGGGGAAGCCUGAAGCAGUGUUACCUGAAAUUCCUGUGGUAGAAACUGGGGUGGCUCCCAGUUUAGGGUUAAAAUUCCAUCCAAACCCUUGCCUGAAGUAUUUAUACCCACCUCCAACAAAUGUAAUUUUGGCAAAUGUAGCAAAUGCAAUGGCUAGUGUACCAAAAUUCUACGUUCAAGUGCUUCAUUUAAUGAACAAGAUGAAUCUCCCUUGCCCUUUUGGACCAAUAACUUCAAAACCUCCUUUGUUUGAAGAUUUUGUUCCUACCCCACCAAUUUCGGCACCUCCUGAAAAUCCUCCACUACCAGAAGAAGAGAUGGAAUUUUCAAGUGAAGCAGAAUCUGAAUAUAUAAGUGAAGAUGAUGAGGAGCAUGAAAGAAUGGUGAAACUAAUGGGGAUUGCAAAACUACCACCUAAACGACAACAAAAGAAAAAACCUUCCACUUCAAGAAAAAAGCCAAAAUUGAAGGACCUUCUGUAUGUGCCCAAGCCUGAUUCUCAAAGCAAUUCCCAUUCUCUUCUCCAGCCAUCAGAUGUUUUUGAACAACUUCCAACACCUAGUCAGAAAAAAAUAGAAUUUCAUAUAUCAUCUCAUAUUCCAGGAAUGCCAGAAGUUCAGCAUCUUCAGGAGAUUAAAGAAAUAGAAAAGAAAGAAGUGAAUGUAGUGGAAGAGGACAAUACAGGUUUUGGAAAGAUCUACCCAUCACUGGUGACAGAAGAUACAAAUGAGAGUGAGCAUGACAGUGACAAUGAUAUGCCUUCAGAAUUCAUAUCAAGACGAGACUUAGAAAAGGGAAGAAUUUCAAAAGAAGAAAUGAAAAAAAUGUCACUUUUUAAAAAUUACGAGCCUGGGGAUCCAACCUGCAGACUUUAUAUCAAGAAUGUUGCCAAACAAGUUGAAGAAAAGCAUUUGAAGUUUGUAUUUGGAAGAUAUGUUGAUUUUACAUUAGAAGCUGAAAGAAAUAUGUUUGAUAUUGUGUUGAUGAAAGAAGGUCGGAUGAAAGGACAAGCAUUUGUUGGACUUCCAAGUGAGAAGGCAGCAGCGAAAGCUUUAAAAGAAGUUCAUGGCUAUGUACUUUAUGACAAGCCAAUGAUUAUCCAAUAUGCAAGAUCUGCACGGCCAAAGCCAGAUUCAUCUGAUCCCAAAAGACGAAAGGGUUUAAAUCUAUAAAAUAUAGGUGAGUUGUUUUUCAUUUUAAUUUUUUUUUUCCUCAAGCCUACAUUGACCUUUAUCUAAGAGAAAAAAAUGUAUAAAUAAAAAUGCCAUUGUUUUAGUUU